AUGGAGCCUAGCACAGUCAAAUACGACUAUGUCGAGGAAGUUGAGCGUUUGGACUUUUACGUGCCUGGUGGGUAUCAUCCGACGGCCAUUGGCGAUGAGUUUUGCAAUGCUGAAUCGGCACAACAAACCCACGAGUUACACAUUCUUUCGCAAUUAGCCAAGGCUGACCCUAGCCUUCCUGGGAAGAGCAUUGCUCAGGAUAUCUUCGAUUGUUUCACGUUUUCAGGGCCAAACGGCAUGCAUCGAUGUCUGGUCACAGACUUCGUGAGAAUUAGUAUUAGCGAGGCAAAAAUAGCGGCAGAGCAUCGAAUUCUUCCCCUUCCAGCCGCUCGGGCAAUUGCUGCUCAGCUUAUACUAGGCGUCCGAUUUAUCCAUUCCCAAGGAAUUGUUCAUGGUGAUCUUCAUCUCGGAAAUGUUCUCCUCUCUCUGCCGCCUGAUAUGCAGAAUAUGACCCGCAAAGAGCUCUAUGCAAAGGUAGGCCAACCAACCAUACAGCCUGUCCGUCGUCAGGAUAAAGCCCCCCUUGAAAAUGGAGUUCCUUCAAACGUUGUUGUACCAGCAUGGCUGGGAGGUGCAAGCGAUGAGCUCACGCUUGCAGAUUCUCUCAUCCAAAUUGCAGAUUUUGGAGAAGCUUUCAGCCCACAAAGAGAAAACCACUAUCCUGGGAUCAGCGAGCCUCUUUCCUUUCCAGGAGAUAUAUGGACUCUGGGCUGUAUCAUUUGGGAGCUUUUUGGAUCUACUCCUCCAUUUCAAUCAUUGUUUGGCACCAUGGCUCAGGUCCUAAAGGAGCAUGUUGAAAUGAUCGGUAAGCUACCUGACCCUUGGUGGUCUCAAUGGGAGGCAAGAAGCGAUUUGUUUGACGAUGAUGGGACCAAGAAUGUGAAGGAACAUCUGCAGCAAUAUUAUAUCAACUCUUCUUGGGGCUGGGAUCAGCGCCUAGAAAUGCAGAAUAAUUUCCGAGUGCGCGAGGGAUUUGCCACCCUCCUACCCGAAGAAGACCAGGCUUUUAAUAAGAUGUUGAGAUUAAUGCUAGUUUUCGAGCCCCAAAAGCGAGCGACAAUUGAAGAAGUGGAACAAUCCGAAUGGAUGCAGAAAUGGGGGCUGCCUGAGAUGCAGAAAAUGAAGGAUGCAAUAGAGGCAAAAAAUGCAGAGAAUCUAAAAGCUGCGCCUUCUCACGAAAAGGAAAUCAAUAUUAUAGCAUGA